GCCAUUUGUAUUGCUGAAGAUUUAUAUAUGAUAUUGUUAAAUUAACUUUGCUUUAACUCAACUCGCAACAGUGAGCAUCGUAAAGCUACAGUGAUCUAUAGAGCUCAGAGGUAAUUGAGUUAAAAGCUAACCAGGCGUUAAUCAAGGCAUGUUUAGUUGAUUAAGGCCACGAUGGAUUACCAGGGACCUAUAGACCAACAAAAAGCUCUAGUGUAGCCAACCAGGACGUUCCUUUAAAUGGAAGAAGUCUACACCUGUGAACUUGCAUGUUGCUGAGACUUCGAUAUCAAUGGAGCCAUUACAUGCAUGAACGCCUCUUAGCUCUGGGUGUGUGCGCGACAUGUCUUAACAACUGGUGCUACUUGCUGCUCUCCGUAUAAAUGGAUUAACCAUGUGUUUGCUUGUCCUAUUUGACGAAGAUACAGGAUAGAAUGAAUUAAAGUGGAAAUAGAUGGCAAAGCCUGGUUUAGUUCAGCACAACUGCUCAGUGUAAAGCAUGUUCCAUGGGCAGCAGCUCUAGUCUCUACAGUGCCCUGGCUAAGACUGUCAGCAGACCUCCUCUCCCUCACACUCGGGACACAUACAAUCCGGGGAACGAUCUGGAUCAAGACCUGGCGGACCCUUUGGAGCUGUUGCAGGAAUGUAGAGAGGUUUUGAGAAACCGGCCUGCCCAACUGCAGAGAACUCUCAUUCAGACGGGACAUGGAGACUCCAGGCAGACGAUCAGAGUUAUGCAGUGGAAUGUACUAGCACAAGCGUUAGGUGAAGGCAUGGACAGUUUUGUGCAGUGCCCCGUGGAUGCUCUGAACUGGGCUGAAAGGAAGUAUUUGAUCCUGGAGGAGAUCCUAACCUACAGACCUGACAUCCUAUGCCUACAGGAAGUUGAUCACUACUUUGACAUGUUUCAGCCCGUCCUGGCAAGUUUGGGCUACCAGAGCAGUUUCUGCCCCAAACCAUGGUCUCCAUGUCUGGAUGUGGAGAACAACAACGGCCCUGAUGGCUGUGCUCUGUUCUUCAAUCACAAACGCUUCCAGUCACUAAACACAACACACCUGCGACUGUCCGCCAUGAUGUUGAAGACCAAUCAGGUGGCCAUCAUCACCGCUCUACGCUGCCGAGACACAGGUCGGGCGUUCUGCGUGGCGGUGACCCAUCUGAAGGCACGGAGCGGUUGGGAGGUCCUACGCAGCACACAGGGUUCGGAUCUGCUGCGCAACCUGCGGAACGUUGCACAGAGAAUAGAGACCGAAGAAAAAGCAGACGCAGACGUUCCUCUGAUAGUAUGUGGCGAUUUUAAUGCCGAGCCGUCAGAAGACGUCUAUAGGAAUUUCGCGACAUCUAGUCUGGGACUGGACAGUGCGUAUAAGCAUUUGAGUACGGACGGGAAAACCGAGCCACCUUACACAACGUGGAAGAUCCGGCCCAGUGGCGAGAGCUGCCACACGCUGGAUUACGUGUGGUAUUCGCACAGAGCGUUUGAUGUUAAUGCGGUUCUGGACUUUCCUACAGCCGAACAAAUAGGACCCAAUAGGCUUCCUUCCUAUAACUACCCUUCAGAUCACCUGUCCCUCGUCUGUGACUUCAGCUUCAAGGAUCCGGCGCUUGUUUCCCAGUAAUUACAGACUUAUUUCGCAAGAUAUUACACAAGUCGAGACUUGUGCUGGCACAGUAUUUCUACAUAUUUUGAUUCCUGUUCAUGAAUAAUUAGCACUUCAGCCAGUACAUUCUUAAAGGGAUAGUUCAUACAAAAAAAAAAAAAAAAAACAUAAUUUCGU